AUGCCUCUACAUUCAUUCAAACAAGCCAUACUAUACAGUCUUGAGCUUUUGUUUUACUUCAUAAUCCCUACUAUUGCGGCAUUAUAUAUUAUUCCAAAGUUUAUUACUCCUGAUCUAGUUGAUAAAUUCCAGAUCAAUUUCAAAGUCAUUCUUUUAUCUCGAGAGUUAUGUCAAGUAAAGCCAUAUGAUUGUGAAAAGUUGCUAGACUUGAAUUACGGUGAUCCCGAUUUGUUGCAGCGGCGAGUAUUCCAUUAUUAUGAUUUGAUCUAUGUAGUUAACAAGCAUAUUGCAAUUUGUGAUGAUUUAAUAGUCAAGAUGCUUUUACAUGAUUAUAACCCGUUUAUGUUUAUAUCAAAGAGAAUGUUUUUGAUAGAAAGAGACGAUGAAGGAGGUGUCGAGUUCUGGGGGAAGUUUGAAGAGUCUCUACGUAUCAUUAUUGCACUAAUCAAUAUCACAAUAUUUCAAUCGAUUCGAGGAAUAAUCGUUUCCAAAAUGUGGGUAUUUUUUUUAUUCGGAAUCGUAAUAACGGUUUUUGAACCUUGGAGUAGAUUGGCUGGUCCAAUUUGGAAUAUUUUGAGAGAAGCAAAUAACGUUUUUUAA